AUGAUUAUGUUGUAUUUUCCAAAAUAUGUGACAAUAUUUGCCCUCUUUGUCCCAAGUGUUGGUGCGCUGGACACUUUUAUCGCUGUGGUCUAUGAACAUGCUGUUAUAUUACGUAAUAGAACAGAAACACCUGUGCCAAAAGAAGAGGCUUUGCUCCUGAUGAACAAGAACAUAGAUGUUUUGGAGAAAGCAGUUAAACUGGCUGCCAGGCAGGGUGCACAUAUCAACGUUACCUCAGAAGAUGGAAUUUAUGGCUGGGUCUUCACGAGAGAGACCAUUGACCCCUAUCUGGAAAAUAUCCCAGACCCUGACAUGAACUGGAUUCCAUGUAGAGAUCCCCAGAGGAAUGGUAAAAAGAUAAAUGAGCUUAUGUUUCCAAAAGAGCUUUGA